UACGACUGUUUUCCUGGUUGCCUAGCAGCAGCGGCAGCGCAAGGGGAACACAAGAUGGCUUAAUAAGACCGGCCAUCUCAGCAUCAGUUGUUCAGUACAGCUCUGUAGGACAUUUGCAGCUGACCUGAAAGAUGCCUGCGGCCGCAGACUGGCGGCUCCUCAUGGCAAUGGAUCCAGAGGAUCUGGGGGAUGAGGAUGAGAAGAUCUGUGAUUUGAUUUUAAUGGUCAAACCACGGGACCUAAAAGCAGAUGAUUCUGAGAAAAUGAUUCAACUCUUUAGGAUCUCACAAACACUUCUGAGGAUGAAACUGGAUGAAAUUAAAUGUGCCUAUGAGGUUGUAGACAGCGCAGGGGCAGAGCAAGCAAGAAUUGAAAAUGAGCUGAAAGCCAAAGUCUUAAAGCUGGAAAGUGAGCUGGAGAUGGCCCAGCGUGUGACGGGAGGGGGAGACAAACAUUUUCUGCGGGAUGAAAUUCGCCAACUGGAGAGUCACCUGGAGCGCAAGGAGAAAGAGGUGACCCAACUGGAGAAGGAAAUGGGCAAGGAAAGGAAAUCCAAUGAAGAGCUGGCUCUUCGUGCAGAAGAAGCAGAAGAGAAGAACAGGAAACUAAAAAGAGAGAAUGAGCAGCUCCAACAGGACAUUGAGUUCUACAGAAAGGAACAGGAGCAAAGGGAACCUCUUCAGACCAAAGAGGAGAGCAAUGAGAUUCAGAGGAGACUCACCAAAGCCAACCAGCAGCUGUACCAGUGCAUGGAGGAGCUGCAGCAUGCCGAGGACUUGGCUGCCAACCUGAGGAGUGAAAAUGAGCACCUGCAGAAGAAUCUAGAAGAAUCUGUGAAGGAGAUGGAGAAGAUGACAGACGAAUACAACAAGAUGAAGAUCGCUGUCCAGCAAACGGAUGCCAUCAUGGAUCAACUGAGAAAAGACCGAGAUCAUGCCAAGCUUCAGGUAAGAGAGCUAACUGACCAGAUCCAGGCCAGAGUGGAAGAGGACGACCCAGUUAUGGCUGCUGUUAAUGCUAAAGUCGAGGAAUGGAAGAGUGUUUUAUCAGGGAAAGAUCUGGAAAUUUUGGAGUAUCAGCAGAUGAUCAGAGAUUUGAGGGACAAACUGCGAACUGCUCAGAUGGAUUCAGAUAAAAGCAACAUUAUCGCAUUGCAACAGGCCGUGCAAGAGAGGGACAACCAGAUCAAGAUGCUGUCGGAGCAAGUGGAGCAGUACACGACGGAAAUGGAAAGGAAUGCUGUGCUCAUCGAGGAGCUGAAAAGGCCAUUGAAGAAAGAUAAAGGUCAUUCCAGCGACCACCAGCGUAGAUUGGAGGACUUGAGCGCUAAACUCCAGGUUGCUGAAAGGAAGGUGCUGGAGGCCGAACGGGCCGCACAACUGGCCGAACGAGAUGCCAGAGACAAAGACAAAGAACUCAAUGACACCCUCAGCAGAAUCCGUCUGUAUGAGUCGGGUACGGAUGGUUUGGAAGCUGCAAUCACUGAAAUCAAAGAAUGUAAAAAUCAAAUCCGAGUAAGAGACCGGGAGAUAGAAGGCAUGAUUAAGGAGAUAAACCAGCUGGAGAUGAAGAUCAACAAUCUGCUAGACGAGAACGAAGACCUGCGAGAGCGGCUUGGAUUAAAUCCGAGGGAAGAACUUGAUUUGAGUGAAUUCCGGAGAUCAAAGGUUUUGAAGCAGAGACAGUAUAAAGCAGAGAACCAGGUUCUGCUCAAAGAGAUUGAGCGUCUCGAGGAGGAAAGGCUGGAGCUUAAACAACGCAUCCGUGCACUUGUGAAGGACAAAGGUGUAACAGUAGUCAGCAAUUCACUGCUUGACAACAGUGUUGAAGAAAAAGCCGUCAGAUCCCUCAGGCCUUCCUCUGGAUCCACCGAUGAUGAAAUCAAACGCAAAAACGAGCGCCUGCAGAAAGAGCUGAGCAACAAAGAGAAAGAGCUGGAGCUCAGGAGAAGUGAAUCUGCCCAGUUCAAAGCCAAAUUGAAUGAAAUGCUGAAUGAGAAUAAACAUCUGGAGCAAGGCAUGAAGGAGAUCCUGCAGGCCAUCCAGGACACUCAGAAGAAAACGCCAACAUCCACUGGUGUCAGCAUUCCUAGCCUCGAGAGACUCGUCAAUGCUUUGGAGAUGAAGUAUUCAGAGGGGACGUUUGAUGCAAGUCUCCACCUGAGAACCCAAAUAGAUCAACUGAUCGGCCGGAAUGAAGAGCUCCGACAGGAGAUGAAGGCGGCAAGAGAAGAGGCAGCAGACACUUUCAAUCAGUUAACAAAAGCAAACGAGAAGAUCGCUCGCUUGGAAAGUGAGAUCGAAUCAAUGAGCAAAUCGACUGGCUCUUCCAUCCCUCACAAGACAUUAUCUUUGCCCGAAGAAAUGACGCCCACUAGUGCGGAGGCCAUCAACGCUCUCAAUGAGUACACGGUUCAGCUCCUGCAGGAGAUCAAAAACAAGGGAGAUUCCAUUGAACAGCUCGGUUCGGCUCUGGAAGAGUACAAAAGAAAGUUUGCUGUCAUCCGCCAUCAACAAGGACUACUUUACAAGGAGCAUCAAAGCGAAAGAGAGUCUUGGCUGAAAGAGCGAGACUCUUUUGCAGAGCUGAAAUCCAAACUUGAGGAACAAAGGGAGGUGGACGCAGUAAAAAUCAAAGAGUACAAUCACAUGCUAGAUACUCUUGAGAAGGACCCCAGUGAGAUCAGGCGAGAGAUGGCUGAGACAGGCAGAAAAAUAAUGGUUCUUCGGGUGAACGAGAAGUGUUUGACACGCCGUUACACCACUCUGCUGGAGCUAGAGCAGCACUUGAGGAAGGAGAAUGCAAAACUAAAGGAGGAUUUCACUCAAAUGCAAGCCGCAGUUACAGAACGCAUCGGCUACUUGCAGAGGUUCAAGGAAAUGGCUGCGUUUAAAAUGGCCUCUUUGCAGAAAUCCCUAGACGUCAGUGUUCCUGCUUCCGAGCUGGAGAGAGCCAACAAACAAUACACUGAGCUCACCAUCAAAUACAGAAACCUCCUCCAGAAGGACAACCACCUUGUUCAGAAAACCACCAGUCUGGAGCACCUGGAGACGGAGAACAUAUCUUUACAUGAACGCAUUGACUCCAUCAAUAAAGAGCUUGAGAUUAGCAAGGAGAAGCUUCACACUUUGGAACAGGCCUUUGAAAACAUCAGCACAACUGGUGGUGAGAUCAUCAUGGACAAGGCCACCAAAGCCAUGGCCAACAGUGAGAUCGUAUCUGUGUCCAGACGCAUCACCACACUGGAGAUGAAGGAGCUGAAUGAAAGACAACGAGCCGAACAUGCUCAGAAGAUGUACGAGCAUCUAAGGAACUCCCUCAAACAGGUGGAGGAACGCAACUUUGAGCUGGAGACCAAGUUUGCUGAGCUCACAAAGUUAAACCUUGAGGCUCAACGGAUUGAGCGGGAGCUCAGGGAUGAGCUGGCAGACAGUGUAAGCAAACACAUCAGCGAUGCCGACCGCAAGCGGAUCACUGAACUGGAGAAAACAGAAGCAGACCUGCGGAUUGAAGUGUCCAAAUUGCGGGAGGUGUCAGAUGUGGCUAAAAUGCAGGUGUCCGCUCUCGAUGCCCGACAGCAGUCUAGAGAGAAGGAAGUAGAAAGCCUGAGGAGACAGGUUUUAGACUAUCAAGCUGAGUCUGAUGAAAAGGCCCUGAUCGCCAAACUCCAUCAGCACAUUGUGGCUCUCCAGCUGAGCGAGACCACAGCAAUUAGCCGUCUGGAGGCCGCAAACACACGUCUGCAGAAACUGGAGGCGCAGAAGCUCCGUGACGAACAGAAACUGGAUGAGCAACAGCAGGCACUCUGGCACGCGAGGCAGGAGGGUCACCAGCGGGCCAGACAUCUCCGGCACACCAUCCAGGCCCUCCGCAGACAGUUCUCAGGAGCCCUGCCGCUGGCCCAGCAGGAGAAGUUUUCAAACACCAUGCUCCACCUGCAGGAGGACAGGGCUCGGGUCAGAGAGGAUGCACAGAUGGCGGAGGAAGAGAGGAGGAAGGCAGAAGGGAAGGCGCAGGAACUGGAGCUAAAGCUGAAGGGCUUGGAGGAGCUCAUAGCAACACUCAAAGAUGCUAAAGGCGCUCAGAAAGUGAGUGAGUGGCAUAAGAAACUGGAGGAUGUUCGUCUAUUGGAAAUGAGGCAGAGCAGAGAGCUGAAUACUCAGCGGGAAGAGAUCAAAUAUCUGAAGAACUGUGUGGCAGAGCAGGAACGCACCAUCAUGGACCUGGAAGAAGAGCUGGUGCAGCAGAAUAAUCUUCUCGAGGAGCGCCAGUUGAUCUGGGAUCAGAGAGAGGUGCAACUGGAGCGUCAACUUGACUCCUAUGAGAAACAGCAGAGUGAAGUUCUGAGCACAGCUCAGAAGUUUGAGGAAGCCACAGGCUCUCUGCCGGAUCCAAACCAGCCUUUAGCAAACCAGUUAGACUAUGCACUCGGAAAAAUCAAAGAGCAUGUUCGUACCAUUCUUGAGACAAAAACCACCUGCAAAAUUCUGGAAGAGAAGCUGAAAGAAAAGGAAGCUGCUUUAUGGUCAUCAGAGCAGAACGUUUUAUCUCGAGACAAAGUAAUCAAUGAACUUAGACUUCGUCUACCAGCUGCUGCCGAGAGGGAGAAACUCCUGGCUGACCUGAGCAAACAGGAGGACUCUGAGAACCAGCCCACCCUAAAAGUCGCACACCAGACCAUUAAUAACCUCCAAGGGCGUCUGGAUCAGAAAGAAGAGGUUCUCAAAAAGUACCAGAACCUUCUAGGAAAGGCUCGCCAGGAGCAGGAGGAGAUUGCCAAAAGACACGAGGAAGAGGUCCGGGCCCUUCAUCAGAAACUAGACAUCUAUAUGGACACAUCUCUGGACCGUUUCAAACAAACCGCUCUGGAACUCAUUAAGAAACCCACAAUCACCGUACCGACAAGUAAACACUUGGUCCGGUUGGCAGAAAUGGAGCAGAUGGUGGCUGAGCAGGACAAUUCACUCUCCUCACUCUCUCAAAAGCUAAAGAUUGUAACUCUAGAGUUGGACCAACAGAGACAGGUGACAGCAGCUCAAGCUAUGGAGCACGCGGCAGAAAUAGCCAGAUUGGAGGAGAAACAUGCUGUCCAAAUGAAGAGUCUGUCUCAGGAGGCAGAAGAGCUGAGGGCUCAACUCAUUCAGAUGGAGAAAGAGCUGCAUUACCUCCGUACAGAACUAGAGGCUCAGAAGGAGGCCAACGUCAGAUCACCAUCCAACACCAUGAAAAACCUUGUGGAGCGCUUGAAGAAUCAGCUGGCACUUAAAGAGAAACAGCUUAAGGCUCUCAGUAAAGCUUUGUUAGAGCUUCGAGCGGAAUUGACAUCUCAAGCAGAGCAGCAGAUCAUCACCAAUGCUGCUCAGAAGGAAGAGGCACUCAACGUUCAACAGAUUGUGGACAAGCAGACCAAGGAGCUAAGGGCUUGUGUGAGGGAUCUUAAUGAGGAGCUCCAGCUGGCUAAGGAUGGAGUACGAGCAGCAAAAGCCAGAGAAAAUUCCCUCAAAGAGGACCUGGAGACUUUGAACAAGGAUCUUCAGAGGAGCCAAAAAACACAGAAUAAGCUGCAGAGUGAAAAGGAGGCUUUGGAGGAACACUUGAAUGAGCUGAAGAAGAAGGUUCAGAGGCUCAGCAGUGGCCUACAGGCUCAGGUUGAGAGCGAUGGACCCACUGUAGAUGCUCUUCAGAAGAAGAUUCGUAAGUUGGAGCACGAGUUGGACAGGAAGGGCAUCUCGGAGCCUGCAGACAAGAGGAGCACCCUGAAGGAGGACAAGUCCUCUAAAGAAGAAGUUGUGAGAUGGGAGGAAGGUAAAAAGUGGCAGACCAGGGUGGACAAAAUGCGAAAUGUUCUUAAGGAAAAGGAGAGAGAAGUGGAUUCUCUGUCUAAACAAUUAGCAACGAUGAAGGAACUGUACAGCAGGUUGGAGCAGGAGAAGAUGGGUCUGCAGAAGAAACUCAAGGGCAGAGGAGUGACCGCUGACCAGGUUGUUGGCGCACGAACUCUUGAGGCUGACAAAGAGAUUGAAGAGCUUCACAAAAGGAAUGCUGAACUGGAACAGCAAAUCAAAGUGAUAAAGCAGCAGCAGGCUUUACCCCGUGAUGCUGCGAUGGAGGAUAUCACCAUCAGAAACCGUUAUCUUGAGGAGAGACUUUACUCGAUGGAGAGUCGCCUAUCCAAAGAACCUCCAUCCAGACCAUCUACAUCUGGUCGAGGUUCUGAUACCCCAUCCCAAAGAGAGCAUGAGUUCCAAAAGGAGAAUCUCAAGUUGUCUACAGAAAACCUGGAGCUUCGUUUCCAACUGGAGCAAGCAAACAAAGACCUGCCUCGAUUAAAAGAUCAGGUGUCUGACCUCAAAGAGAUGUGCAGUGUUUUGAAGAAGGAGAAGACUGAAGUGGAGAAGAGACUCAAUCAUCUUCGUGGGUCUGGCCGCAGUGGGAAAACCAUACCUGAGCUGGAGAAGACCAUUGGACUGAUGAAGAAGGUUGUGGAGAAAGUUCAGAGAGAGAAUGAGAACUUAAAGAAGACAUCUGAGGUCAACGUGCAGGAGCAACUUGCCACGCUGGAACGAGACCAUGAGAAACUUAAGUCAGAAUAUGAAAAGCUAAAAGGAAAACAAGAGGAACAGCUGAACUCAAGACUCGAGUCAAAAACCAAGGGCAUUGAGAAAAUCAUGAUGGAAAAUGAACGCUUACGAAAAGACAUUAAAAAGGAAGCCGAAGCUGCAGAAAAGCUGAGGGUUGCAAAGGCCAGCCUUGAAGUAGCUAAUGAGAAGCUGAAGGCAGAGCUUGAGGAGACCCAUCAGAGGCUUUUAUUAGCACAGUCGAAGGGGGCAUCUUUACUGGGGGCAGACAGCAAAACUUGGAAAUCUUCAGUUGUGACCAGGUUAUUUGAAAACAAGAUGAAAGGUCUUGAGAGUGACAUCGCUAAGAAAAACACCAGCAUAUCAGAACUAAAGGUGCAGCUAAAAGAGGCAAAUGAGAAACUGCAGGCCACACAGCACACCGUCAUCCAACUGAAGGAACAGGUGGAACUGCUUAAAAACGUCCCUGUGGAAGCGACCACUGACGAAGGUCUUGCCAGAGAGUAUCAGUCAGUGAGAUUGGCCAAUAAACAACUGGAGAGGGAGAAAGCUCAACUUCUGCGGCAGAUUCAAAGGAAUGAGGUGCAGUUUGGAACCAGCAAAGAAGGACCAGGAUACACUGAGCUCCAGGAACAGAUUAAAGCAGCAAACAACGAAAAGAAGAAAUUGCAGGAUGAAGUGAGGAAACUGACCCAAGAGCUGAAACACUUUGACCCAACAUUUUUUGAGGAACUUGAGGAUCUUAAAUUCAAUUACAAUCUGGAAGUGAAGAAGAACAUUGUUCUGGAGGAACAGCUGAAGAAGCUUUCGGAUCAGUUUGGUGUGGCGAUUCCUGAUGUGUCUAUCAACUAGCAGAUAUCAGAUCAUGAGGGCACUGGAUUUAUUAUUACUGCUAAGUUGAGAGCUAAAUAUAUGUACAUUUAACAAUUUUACUUAAGUAGGUGCAUAUUUAUUUUUCGUAAAAUAUUAAGACAUUGUCAUACGCAAGUAGGUUUUACACUAUUUGUAUUUGUGGCCUUUCAAGCAAGAACUGAAACUGAAGUACAAGUCAGUCACUGCCUCAAUUUUGAGACUGUAUAGAUGUACAGUAAUAAAAGAUUUGUUGGAAUUA